CUAUUGUUAUUACGUGGUACAUGAAGGUCCAAAGUAACUCAAUCUCCUUACAUCAAGGACCACUUUGAUAAUUUCCUCCUCAAAAAUUUUCUCCUCCCAGUUUAGUAAAUUAGUAACAAAAAGCCCUAGCUCAAACGUUAUACAGUUACAUUACCCGCCGUUUCGUUUUCAGGCCGUUCAGUCUCUCGCUUACUCAUUCACCAUAAUUUGAGUUGAUAGUACUAUUGUUAAAUUGUUGAAUAUGGAAGAGGUAACUGAAGGAGUAAGCAAUUUGAACCUGGUUGAUUCUCAGAAGAAGAAUCGUAUUCAAGUGUCUAAUACCAAGAAGCCACUUUUCUUCUACGUUAAUCUGUCCAAGAGGUAUAUGCAACAGUAUAAUGAGGUGGAGCUUUCUGCUUUGGGAAUGGCAAUUUCAACAGUUGUAUCAAUUGCUGAAAUUCUAAAGAAUAAUGGGCUGGCCACGGAAAAAAAAAUAAUGACUUCUACAGUUGAUGUAAAGGAAGACAUGAGGGGAAGACCUGUCCAGAAAGCCAAGAUUGAAAUCGUUCUGGGUAAGACCGUGAACUUUGAUGAGUUGAUGCUGGCUGGGCAAAAUGAUGGAAACAAUAUUCAGGAAGAAAGUUGAAUGAAAAAUAGGUAGUUAAUUUUCUUGGUCAUGGUCAGUUGUACUUUUGAAGUUUAGAAGCAAAAAUUUAUAGCCGUGCAGUUCCUUUUUCUUCCCCUAUAUUUAUGCUGCUGUUGUUUUUUCUUCCCACCUCCCUCUCGUUUGUACCUCCAAGACACAAUUGCCCUAUUUUUUUUCUUUUUUGGGGUGUCUAAACUGAAUUUUACAUCCAUUUAAAAGAAAGCAUAAUACAUAAGCA